UCAGCUGGUGCUUGUGCUACGUUACACUGACAGCCUGAAUAAAGUCCGAGAGCGUUUUUAUGAGUUCAUCCAGCUUCCAAACUCGACCGCUGACACAGUCGCCACCGCGGUGUUGGAAAGGCUGAACACUUUUCUUCCUGAAGGACAACGGGGGAAAUUAAUCGCCCAAGUCUAUGAUGGAGCUGCUGUGAUGAGGAGCCACAGGUGGAGUGCAGCGCAAAGUUAAAGACGUGUACGGGAGUGCCCACUACGUACACUGUUAUGCUCAUCAGCUCAACCUAAUAAUGCAGCAGGCAACAUCCCACAUCACCAAGGUCGGUGCUUUUUUUUCAGAUCUGGGUGGUUUUGCUGCGUUUUUCUCCAGGUCAUCCAAGCGAACCGCUGUGCUUGAUAAAGUGGUGGCACACAGACUUCCUGGAGCUUCAUCAACAAGGUGGAACUUUCACAGUCGUGCUGUUAACACCAUUUUUGAGCACAAGGACGACCUCCUGAAGUGUUUUCGGACCAUCAGAGAGAAUGGUGAAUUUGAUGCAACAACUGUGAGAGAGGCUGGGGGUUUUGAGAGGAUGCUGGAAGAUGAAGAUUUUAGUUUUUUUCUUGCAUUUUUUCAUAAGAUCAUGGCACAUGUAGACAUGCUGUUUAACCAGCUGCAAAAGAGGAGCAUCGACUCUGUCUACAUCACAGGAGUCAUUCAGAGGUUCACCAACAGCAUACAAGCUAUCAGGGACUCCGUUCCUCUAUCUGUGCAGCAGCCAUCCACAAAGAAACGGAGGGCCCUAGGCCAAGAGGAGCAGCACCGGUUAGCUACAGAGGUAUGUGAUACCAUUCUGAAUCAUGCCAAGGAGAGGUUCUCUUUCACCAAGCACCUCAUCAGUGCCACUCUGCUGCAAGGAGACUUGUUCCCCCAACACAGCGUAAAGUUCCCAGAUUCAGCGCUGGAAACCACUGUGGAAGCCUACCCCACACUGGACAAGGCCAAACUGAAGACAGAAUUGUCCCUGGUCUAUGAAAAUGAAGAGUUCAUGGCUUGCAGUGGCGCACUGGCUCUCUUCCAGGUUUUCAUGGAAAACAACCUUCAGGACACAUUCAGCGAGACUGUAAGUCUUUUAAAGAUUCUCAUCACCACACCGAUGACCACAGCAGAAUCAGAGAGGUGCUUCUCUACUUUAAAGAGGAUAAAAACAUUCCUUAGGAACACCAUGGCACAAGACCGCCUGAACGCACUGGCUAUGCUCUCCAUGGAGAAAAACCUGAUACAGAACAUUCCUGACUUUAACACCAAAGUCAUUGAGAAGUUUGCCACUCAGAAAGACAGAAGAGCAAAGUUCAUGUACAAAUAAGAGCACUCACUCCCUCUCACACAUACUCUCAAACUCACUCACACACACUCUCAAAUUCACUCACUCACACACUUUCAAACUCACACACUCACUCACAAACUCACUCACACUC